GAAAACAUGUGUACAGUAUGUAUGAUAAAGGAACUGGAUUACCGUAGUACAAAACAGCAUUUUAGAUUUAGUCUAGCAUAUUUAAUGUUGCAUAUCUACUCCAUAGUAGAAAGCUAAGUUAAAUAUGAUAUAACCACUACCGACCUAUGUCGUUUUAACUGAAGCAGUGCAUAAUGAUCUCAGGAUCGUUUGGGAGUAAUGGUUACACAGGCAGUACCCUGACUGGUUUAGCUAGUUUAGUUCACCUCUGCAUCAGCACUGAUUUAGUUAUUUUGCCAGUAAAUGAGUGCAAGCUUGUGUGUAGAAUGAAAGAGCUAUAUGUUUUUAGCUAUGUCCAUCAACAUGAACCAACAUGCCAUAAACAUACAUUUUACAAGUACUGUCUUUGUUUUUGCACAGGUUUUUCACGGGUAGGUAAAUGGCUCUACUUUGUUCUCCUUCUGAUGGUAAACGCCUGAUUUUAUUUACUUAUACAUUAGGCUUCAGUAUCAGUAAUUUGAGAACAAAACAACACAGUCUUCAACCUUAUAGAUUAGCACUUCCUCAAAUCACAAUGUUAUGCUGUGAUGUUGUCAAGAGAACAGAGCUACAAGUGAACACAAAGUCAUCGCAUACAGUAGUUCAACUAAAAUGCCAGAAUGUAAAUAAAUGUGGCAAAUGUAAUACAUACCUGUUUAACACAACAUCAAAAUAUGGACAGUAAUGCCUCCUGGCAAAUGAACAUUUAAUUAUUUCAAAAGGAAUCACCUGCUGAUUGUUUUUCAUUAAAGAGAUAAAGCAACAUAAGAGCAAUGCAGUGAAGGUUUUGCUUUUCAGUGUGGCACGUUGCGUGCAUGUCACAUGUGAAAAACAGUACUGUUUAUGUAUUCUAGUUCACAUUUUUUAACUGGUUUGAUUGUUUUCAAUCUGGUAUGAGAUGUUCUCAACAGUAGGGCAAGUAGUAGCCUUAACCUUCUUCACAGAAGUGCUGUACUUUUAAAUUCUAACAUUAGAAUAUAUUUACGGUUGUGUGAUUUUUAAAAAAAAAAAAAAAAAGGAAAAAAGCCAAUUUUUUGUUGUUGAUUUAAUCUAUAAAUUGACUGAUUGACAGAACAGCUAACACAUAAACACUGUCAACAAAUACCAGUGUUAUCUAACUAGUUGCUUAAUGGCAUGGCAGAGCAUGAAGUAAAUAAAUAAGGAGAGAGAAUAAAGACCAGCUUCACUAAAAACAACAGAAAUAUUAAAUCCUGAAACACUAACAGCUCUGUCAGAUAUUGAUAAACUAAAGAAAAUGCCUACAACAUUGUCCAACAUGUACAAUGUUGUAUAGAUUUUCUUUUUUCAUGAAGAAAGAAAUUAUCUGUUUUUAAAAAGAAUAAAUAGGUACUUUCCUCACUUUCAAAUUUGCAUUUUUCAGUUUACAUUUGACACCAUGCAUGAAUUGUUCACAUUCUGUAAUUCCCUUCCCCAGUUAUUCUCAUUGAAUAAAGAAAGGCCAAGUGAGUAUGAACAGACUGGAAUUGAGAUGCUGACUAACUGUACUGAUGCUGCAUGAAUAAAUAUUUGAUUCUUUAGAUUAAUAUUUGGCUGUAGACUAGUGACCUAUAGAUUGAAAUUGAGAGCUAAAAAGCUCAGGUUUAUUUACAAAUUCCUGAUGGGAUUGAACAUGAUGUUACAACUAAUUUCCUACUUGAUUAAGCUUGAUUUUAGAUGUUUGUACAUUCCUGAUGCAGUUAGUAUAAAUAGAAAAUCACAACCAUAAUAUAAUAAUAGUUACAGCUUGAGUUUUAGCAGUAGGUAUAAAGUAUAAAAUAUCCUAAUAAAAUUAUAUCCAACAUUUUGCUUCUUUCGGUUGUUUUAUACAGGUCCUCACUCAGUGGUAAGUCAGUAAAUAUGCUUUGCAUUCCAUUGAUGGUACUGGCUGAUUUUUAUUUAACUAUUAUUACAUAUAUCAAUGAGAAAUGUAACACUCUGUGUCACUACAAAAGUGUGAAAUUGUUUAAGUUGAAGGCUGUUUAUGUCAGUCAGCAGAUUUUUUUUACUUUCAUUUAUCAACCAGAAAAAAAAUGCUCAAUUGAUUUUCACAAAACAAUUUCACUUGAUAUGUUCGUUUAAAUGUCAUGUGGUGCAACACAGUACUAAUGCACACAACUCAUUCCUAUAUCCUGCUGGCUGCUAAAAUAUCAGCUAUAAGAACUAUUUAACAAGUUGAAUAAUACUAGCUGAACUAGCUUGUAUGGCCUCGAAUAAUGUCUUUAUGUCCAAUGUGAAUAGGGGAAAAAAACCCAGCUCAUAGUCAAUGUUAGUCAAAGACUUACUGCUGUUUUGCUCAAGAAUGAUAUGCUGCAUUAAAGACUUCAGGGUACAGGAUAUUAUAGCAUAGCGCUGUAUUCCUGUAUAAUAGGUUAUUGUUUCUAUAGUAACAACUUACACAGGGACUGGUAACAUGUUUUGAAGGGUCUCAAAUAUCAUACCUAGAUACCGAGAUAUAUCUAGAUAGUUAUUAAAAGUACAGUGCAUUUUGUAGAUUUGCUGUGCAUUCCCUAGCUUGAAUAUUUUUAUGUACUGGGACAUCAACAGCUUCAAAUGUUUCAGGUGUAAUGAUUAUUAUUUCACCCUAUGCAUAAAACCUUUACACUGUUUUAUUCACUUCUACAGGGUUCAUCAAAGAAAGAAGAGCCAGGAAAUAAAACAUUUAGGUGUUUUAUUCUACUAACUGGAAAAACACUGAAUUCUCACAAUGGCUUGAUGGAUCGUCUUCAAAAACGAAUACCAAAUCUGCAAGUGGUGCAUACAGUGGGGGAGUGCGAUAUCAUUCUGGUGUUCUGCCCUGUCAUUAGAGGACCUGCACCUGAUAUUAAAGCAGCGCUGGAGAAACUUAAUCAUAUUUCAGACACCAGACCUGCUGUUCUAGUGGUGCUCCAUCACACAUUUAAUCCAGAGUGUGUUGUACCAGACAGCAGCAGAGCUGUAAACAGAGAGAAUAUGAUCACAGUCGACUGUCUGUUCCAUGAAGAUCAGGGAUUACUGCCAUGUCAAAAAAAUGAGGACUCAUUAGCCAGAAUUAUAAACUACGUAAAACCUCAGAGUAAGAAGGAAAAGACAAACAUGGAGCAAAUGAAAAGGAAACACGCAGUGCCGGCUAAAAAGGCAACACUGAAGUAUUUCAUUUUACUAACUGGACACACACUAAAUAUUCAUGAGUUCUUCAUAGCCCAGCUUAAAUAUGAAAUCCCACAACUGCAGGAGGUGUGUACAGUAGACAGGUGUGAUUUCAUUCUGGCUUUCUGCCCUGUUGUGUCACGAGCUGGAACUGACAUUGAAACAGCACUGAAGAAGCUUAAUCAUGUUUCAGCUGUCAAACCUGCUGUUCUGGUGGUGCUUCAUCGCACAUUUGAUCCAGAGUGUGUUGUACCAGACAGCAGCAGAGCUGUAAACAGAGGGAAUACGAUCACAGUUGACCAUCUGUUCCAUGAAAAUCUGGGAUUACUGCAGUGUCAAAAAAAUCAUGAGUCAUUUACCAGAAUUAUAAACUACAUAAAACCCCAGAUUCAGCCAGUAUUGUCCAUUGAGGACAGAAUGGAAACUGAGCAAACUUGUAUGCUGUCUACAAGGAAAACACACAAGUAUUUCAUUUAUCAGAUGGGAAAUACACCAAAUUCUCACAAAGCUUUCAUGGAUAGUCUUGAACAAAUGUCAGAUCUGCAGAAGGUGGAAACAGAGAAUGAGUGUGAUUUCAUUCUGACUUUCUACCCUGUUGUGUACCGAGAUGGAACUGACAUUAAAAAAGCACUGAAAAAGCUUGAAAGUAUUUCAGAUACCAAACCUGUUGUUCUAGUGAAGAACCAUGGCAAUUUUGUUCCAGAGUGUGUUGUACCAGACAGCACCAGAUCUGUAAACAGAGAGAAUACACUCUUCGAUGCUCAGAGCAGUGACAUAUUGGCCAGGGGUACAAAGCAUAUACAAUCUCAGUGUGACAGAGAACAGUGUGAAAAUAUGGAGGAACAAGCAGCAGAGGGUCCAUCACAGUGCACCUUCAUGCUAAAGGAGACAGAACCCAGCAAAAACCAACCGAAGACCAUGGAAAUUGAACUGCAGAACAAGGACCAACAACUUGAGAUGAUGAGGACUGAGUUGGAGAAACUAAAAGCUGAGUUGGCAGAAAAAAACAAACAGCUAGAAAAGAAAGAGAUUCUUCCUAGUGAGGGAGAGAGACCGGAAAUGGAAAGGCACAUGCAGGUUGAAGAGGAAGACAGAGUUCUGAGAAAAAUAACUCAGAAAGAAACAAAGCUGAGGGAGGUCAAAGUUGAGUUGGAAAAUACAGUAAAGAAUUUACAAGAGAAAAAAAAACAACUGGCCAUUGUGAGCAAACUGCUGAGUGAAGGGAUAGAUAUGGUUGAAAAGAGUAAAAUUACACUGGAUUCGCUGGGAAAGGAGAUGCAGGAAAAAAACAGGCAAAUACAGGAGAUGAUGAUAUAGAACUAUCAUCCUGAAUACAAUGAGACUCUUCCAAACUCUGUCAACUUUUUGGAGAUUUAAAAUUCAAAUCCUAUCAAAAAGACAAAACUCAUUGCAAUGUAGACUUUUUAAGAGACUAACUUGAUUUUAUUGAUUUUUCUUUUCUUCUGAUUCUUAGGGCCAUGUUUAGAGUUAGCCAAUUAAAUAAGCUGCUUUUAAAAUACUUCAACAAAUAUAAGAAAUGCAGUAUACAUCCAGACUUGAGCUAAGGUAAAAGUAUAAAAAACAUAAAAGGCAGAUACAUUUUGUAUUUGGUGGCUUGAAACUUUGUGACAUAACUAUUAGCUAACUUUUAGCCAGUUAGCUCUCCUUGCAGUUUACUUGUUUGUAGAAUGGGUAAGAAAAAAAGUAGUUGAAACUGGUAUAACUUUCUGUCAGACAGUUAGUUCGCUAAAUUGCACUUGAUACCACAGUAGUGUACAGCACAUCCUGAUAAGAAGGAAGAAAGGAGCAUACAGGACUGUUUGAGACUGUCAGAAAGUGUUAAGCUUAUGGAUGUGACAAACGACAGUCUAUAGGUUCCAGUAUGCAUUUACUUUUCUUUGCCCAGAAUCUUACAGUAAUAUCUGUGUUGUGAUGAUGACCAGUUCCCCACCACAGUAGGAACAAAAUAAGUUUAACGUAUUAAUAGCAGACAACUGAACCCCAACUAUCUAAACAGCCAUAAGAUCUAAAUACUAAAGAUCACAAUUUCAGCAUUAAUUCCUUAAUAUUUACCUUUCGCUUAACUCUUAAUAUGGCCCUUAUUACUUUAUUUACUUGAUGUGUGAGAAGUUGUGUAUUCUAAAUAUUACUUUACUAAUUAUUAUAAUAAAUUAAUCAUAUACUAGAAAUAAAGGCAAUUCCAAUGUAACUUUAAGGUGGAUUAUCAAUAA